AUGGCCCAGAUGAUGAUUACAAAUCAAGAUCGAUAUGUUCCAUCAAUGGUCACUAGCAGCUGCUGCAAGAACGAAGUAUUGGCUCCUGUUGGAUUCCAAGGUGACCAACUAUUCGAAGAACGGGCUCGAAAUGUCCAGUGGACAUUUCGAGUUGGGAACAGUGAUCAUGAACGUUUGGAAGGACUAAGCGCCGAGCUCGCUGACUGGCAUGCAAAGGUUACCCUCUACAAGGUAUGAUAAGCUGUUAAGAACAGGCAGUUUCCAAUAUUACCUAAUCUGAAUAAAACUACAUGAAGAAAAUACCCAUAAUCCUAUAUAUGGCUCUGUUUAGUUGCGCUGAUACUUUACAAUAAGCAUCUCCAAAAUGAAUGUGUAUUGUGUAUUUGUUAACUUUGAAUAUUCAAUAACAAAGAAUAUUAAGUGUUGACAACAUAUGUGUUGCUAUGGCAACAAGGGGAAGGCAUAAACUCUGAUAAUUUGUGCAUAGAUUUGACUGUAACUAAAAGAAAAUUGGUGACCCAUCUUUUUUAUUCCAUGUAUCAAAAGAGCCUGAUAUUGUUUAAUUCUUGAUGACAAUUAAAAGGUGUCCUAAAGCUGUUUUAACGGCUAUUCCACCUCAAGAAAUGUGCUAGCCUGCAAAGCUUCUGCCCGAUUUCUUUACAUUUCUUGUUUUGAUUUGUUUAUUUUUAGUAAUUUACAGUUUUUAAUUGAUUAACCCAUUAAGCGGCAAUGCGCUCUACUUUGGUUUUUACUCUGUUUAACGCCAGAUGAUUUUACUUGUCAAGGGGAUAUUAAUAACCCUAAUGGGUUAAUAAAAGAGAUAACACUGCAUGUUUUUACUCUGCAUAAUUUAUAACUAUUAUGCAGCAAGACUCACCAACAAUUAAAUUUGUCUGGCAUUAGACAGAGUAUAUGAGUUAAACACAGGGGUAUAACUGGAGGGGGGCGUGAAGCAAUUGCCCCCCAUUUGUCUGAACUGGUGUUGUGAAAAGUUCAAAUCUAGCAAGAUAAAAUUCAAGGGAGAAUUUUUUUUUGAGAAAUUGGUUUCAAAAUGCUUAAUUAUUCCUCCCUCCCAAACAAAUGAACCUGCCCCAGUUAAAACUAAGUAAUAGUGCUGAAUUAAUCAGUGUAAUGUGAGCCCUUGGAGUAUAAAUGAAAACUAAUUGAUUCUAAACAAGAAUGACAUAUAUUUUCUUUUGAAUAAAAAAUAUAAUUUUAACUUUAUUAGAAUGAAUUUGACAUGUUUGUAAAGCAUGGGUCAGCUUGUGAAGUGGGCACAACAAGAGCAAGCAUGAAUCGGACGCACAAAACAAAUGCUACUAAGGGAAUUUAUAAUUCAUACAACGAGUACAAAGAAUUUCACACCAGAGAGGUUGAGGGGCAUAUUUGUGCAGCUUUUAUGGAAAUGGCUAAAAUGACCACAUUAACAGGUAAUGUAUGUGCUUUCUUUGAAUAGAUUAUAAUAAAUAAAAUCAAACAUUCCAUUUGACUGAUUCAUUAAAUACAAGUCAUGUUUAUUAGCUAUUAAUUUUUUAAUUAUAUAAAGAUCAACCUACACUGGAUCAGGAUAUGCCACCAAUGUCAUCACCCUUCUGUGUUAAAAGUAAAUGGCUUACUGAUGCAUGUGAAAAGCUGAUUGACAAUUGCAUUUCCUUGUCUGGGGAUAUUACAAGACUAGUGAAUCAGACGAUUGAUUUUGGUCAGAUCUCACAAGGACCAUUUGCUUGCAGACAUGCUGGUUGCAAAUAUGAAUAUGUUUAUCAUUCUGGAAGAGUCAAGUAA